UUUGUCUGCUUACCGGGCUCAGGGUGUGUGUUCGCUCCGUUUGCUCUAGCGGGCUACCCUCUAUCUUUCAAACACACAUAACACACUCAGGAUGGCAGGGGAGUGCGUUCCUGAGGGUCCCAACCUAGGGGAGAUGGGCGAAGAGGAACUGUGGGAACUGAUUAACGACAACCGCCACCGGAUCUCCCUGGGGGUGAAGCCGGGCAUCUUGAUCCCUUACCUGAGGCAGGCCAGGGUGCUCACGGAGAUGGACGAGGACGAGAUCGUGUCGUGCCACAACCUCACCAACCGCAGCAUGAGAACCAGCCAUAUGCUGGACCUGCUGAGAACCCAGGGCAGGAAUGGUGCUGUGGCCUUGCUGGAGAGCCUGAUGAUCCACUACCCCCCCCUGUACACCCAAGUCACUGGACGCAAACCCAGCACUGAGCCUUCAAGAUUCAGUGGCCUGAUAAAGUACUCAGAGCUGACGGAGUAUCUGGUCAGAGCAGUAACGGGGAUGCAGAAGGAGCUCCAGCAGGCGCGUUACGAGGCGAGCAAGAAGAGCACUCUCUGUGCCUCCUUGGAGCUGGAGGUCAGGCAGAUCAUGGAGCAUGAGGAGAAGUCCAGAUGCCUUCAGUCUGAAAACCAACGCAUACGGAGACAGCUGUGUUCUUUGCAGCAUGAAAUCACCAAGAUGAAGGAUGAAAAAUGUGACAUGUAUGUGCGAUACACAGCAGCUAUUGAGGAUAAAUCAGCUGUGAACAUGCGCCUCCACGACCUCAACAUACAGAUGUACCAGCUGCAGACUGAGCUGCUGAAGGCACAAACAGAGAAUGCGUUCCAGAAGACUCCACAGCUGCAGGAGGAACUCAGGAGUCUGCGCUGCCAGCUGUUGAAGGCGGAAAAACUGGACCCAGCGCAUCAGGACAUCCUGGCCCAGGAUCUGGCCGAGGCCAUCGACAGCCAGGUGGAACUGGCAGAGCAGCUCCAGUGUUACAGACAGGAGAAUGAACAGCUGCUCUCGGAAAAGCUUGGGCUGUUGGGCCAGAAGGAGGUCCUGAGCCUCCAGGUGACGCAGCUGACCCUGGACUGCACCAUGCACCAGCAGAAGAGCACCGUGAUCCAGAACCAGAUGAAAGAGCUGCAGGUAGAGAGAGACCAGGCGUACGUGUCCCGAGAUGAAGCCCAGGCCAUGAUCGCCCGCACCCUGGCUGAGAAGGACGCCCUGAGGUGUCAGCAGGUGGAGCUCCAGGAGCGCGUCUUCAGCCUGAAGGCCACCACGGGGCGCCGGCAGAGUUCUGAUGGUUUGGACAUGGAUUGGGAGAGCCCGAGAUCCAGCUUUGAAGAAUCCCCAUGCCUGUCCAGAAUGCCCACCAGACGCAAACUCUGCCGCAUGGACGCAGUCAAUCCACUGUCAACCAGUUUCUGCAACUCAGAGUGUGAAGAUGCUGCAGCGAGUAGUGUCCGAUCCCGAUACGCAGAGCCCCCCAGCCCCGAGUCCCUCCGCAGAAGAGAGGAAGCUCUAUAUGCAGACAGCAGCUUGGACACACUGGAGAAUGAAUCUGUAUUGGACGACUUUGUGUUUAUCCCUCACAUGGAGAGUGCAGACAUGCAGAGACACAGGCGUUCCUCUUCCCAAGGCUCCAGCGCCGGCAGCCUAUGUAAAACCCUAGCCCCUCCCUUCCUGAUGCGCUCUCGUCCGAAAGCAAUUCGCAUUAACGGCCGCGUUCUCAGCAUCUCCCUCCAGGGAGACACGCUGCUCAGCCAGCUGGCAGUGGUGGGAGGGAAUAAGACCGGAGUGUUUGUGCACCAGGUGACAGAGGGAACCGCUGCCCAUACUGUGGGCAUCAGCCCCGGGGCACAGAUAGUGGAGGUGAAGUACGAGCAGAACCAGAAGGCUCUGAGGAUGGUGCUGGAAGAUUCCACUUUAGAGGAAGCCAUGUGGGCUCUUGGCCAGGUCACAGGCCUCUGUCACCUCUCCCUCCGGCCCAGGCAAGAUGACUAUGAGGCUCUGCUGCAGCUGCUGCAAAGCGGUGAGACGUCAUCCGGAGACUCCUUCUACGUACGGGUCAAUAUGUCUCUCCCUGCGGGCCCUAACGGAGCUCUGGCCGUGUCCUGCAACGACAUCCUUCAUGUGACCAACACAAGACCCGCCGGCACUGAGGACUCAUGGAGAGCCAGCCUGGUUCACCCCUGCCAGCUGCUGGACCUUCAGGGCGGAAAUGUACCCCACUAUUACAGGGCACAGCAACUUCUGAUUCGUGCGAUUGAAGACAUGAGCUUUCAAACAAAGAAGUCCCCAAAGGCUGGGCGUCUGGUGGCCCAGAGUAAGCAGAAGGCGGUGAGGAUUGUGGGCACCAUGCGCCAGGGCAGGAACCCCCUGUGGGUCAGUGUGGAGGAGGAGCAGCCCAAGAGCACCGAGUCAGGCGAUACAUCUGCACCCAAAAGCUGUCUGACCCUCAUGCCCUACAGCCUGGUCACCCCCCACUUCCCCCCCGUCUGCAGGCCCGUCCUGCUGCUGCCCUCCAUCCUGGGACACAUCCUGGACAAGAAGCUGCCAGACUGGCAGGGCUUCCAGCUCUGUGAGCCUGAGGUGCUGAGCUCCAGUGAGCACGCAGCCCGGCUGCAGAGGUCUGAGAUCCUGGAAGAGUGUGAGCAGGGGAGAAACUGCUGCUACACACUGCAGAGUGUGGAGAAAGUCAUGAAGAAGGGGAUUCACUGCGUGCUGCCGUUGGGGCUGGACUGCGUGCGUCGGCUGCGCCGGGCUGAGAUCUUCCCCAUCAUCAUCUUCAUCGGCCAGACUGCACGUAGUGCACGCAGACUGAGGUCAAAGCUGCAGCGCCACAACCAGUCAGAGGAGAGUCUGCUGGCGUGUUCGAGGAGCGAGGAGCCGCUGCUGGACAAGCUGCCCUGCCUGUAUCACAGCGUGGCCCCUGACUCCUGGUGUGACCAGGCCUCCCUGCUGAGCAGCCUGCGCACCGUCAUCUGGGAGGAGCAGAAGAAGAUCGUCUGGGUGGAGCCCGACCUGUGGUGAAGCACAGGAUACAACAGAAAAGAAACCUAGAAAAUAGGAAAAGUAUAGGAAUUUGUGAUAAUAUCUUAAAGGGCUUGUUAAGAAUAUAUUUAGCUUUACAAUCAAUAUUUUUGUAAACAUGAGUAUGUGUCUAUGAUACUUAUAAGUGGGUGACUCUCAUACAGUGCAACCUUCUGUACUUUUAAAGUUUAUGAAGCUGUAUCGUUAUAUUUACCAUAACCAGAAACAUGUUCUACUCUGUGUUGCCUCCUUUUUGGAGGCAUUUGUUUAAAGGAAACAGGUUACCACUAAAACACAAACAUACUGUAUGCACUUUAUCUCUACAAUAUGUUGUAGAUCAUUUCCCACUAGGAGGGAUUCUCUUUUAAUGCCUAGGACAUGUCAUCUCUUGUCUUUGAAUAUUUUAAUAGUAUGAGACAGGAUUCUAAGAACAAAUGCUGAAUUGUAAAAUGACUUCUAUUGUUACACAAUACUUUGCCUUUGAGUGGCCCACAAAGGCAGGUUUCACGGUUGAGAUUGUAUACCGUAAGUUUUCAUGACAUCUCUGAAUUUGUGUGGAAGUUUUGUUUGCAGAUUCUCCAGGCCUAAUGGUUUCUUUAGUGUUUGUUCCCACAUGUCUCACUGUAGGCCUACUCAUAAGAUGUAUUAAUAGUUUGUCUUCAUGUCAGUGAAUUCAACAUUUAAUGUAGGCUAUUAAA